GCUCUUUCCUUGGUGGCGCCAUACAGCCAUAGAUCGAGCUCUUAAGCUUUCUCUCCAAAUCCGGUGAGGCUACUUCGAAACCAAUGGAUGGCUUCAUGAAGCCUCUCCUUAUGCGGCAUGGCACAGCAUCUGGAUGCUCGGCCUGAAUGCAGCCAUCCUCUUGCCAAGGACCCGCUCCCUCUCGACUACAAAGAGGCGACGUGAUCCCAUGAUCUCAGCCUUCUUUUUCUUCCCUCAUCACACUCACACUCGUUCGAUACAGUCUUUCAAACACUAGCUCAAAAGCUUUUCUAACUUUGGGUCUUCUUGUCCUUCGUUGAUACCGCAAAUAUGCGUUUCAUUCAAAUCGUGGCGUCCGCUGCGGCGCUUGCUACCUCAGUUGCUGCCGGCGGUGGUGAAUACGGCAACAAGCAACCUGAGGGGUCCAAAGUAUCCUCCCAAGCCUCAGCCUUCCAAUCGCCAACUGUCAUCCCCAUUAACAGCAUCACCUACACGGUCACUGAGCCAACCACCUUGACCAUUACCAACUGUCCUUGCACUAUUACUCACCCGGUUCCUCCGUGCCUCCUCCUCCUCCUCCUCCUCCUGUUACUACGGAGGCUCCUCCACCACCACCUCCGGAAACCACCGUGGUCCCACCCCCGGAGACCUCUGUCGUUCCCCCGCCAGUUCCUCCUCCAGUUCCUCCUCCGGAGACCUCCGUCGUCCCCCCGCCGCUUCCUCCUCCGGAGACCUCUGUCGUCCCCCCGCCGCUUCCUCCUCCGGCGAGCUCUGAGGCUCCUCCUCCUCCUCCGGCCACUGGCACAACUCCUCCGCUCAUCCCCACCGCUGCUGCCGACAAGACAAAUGCUGGCAUCGGUGCUCUCGUCCUCGCUGGUAUUGCCGCUUUCGCUCUCUAAAUGAGCAAUUCGUCAUCAUCGGAGGAGAAAAUGGCUACCGAAAGGUGAACAGGGGAGGCCUGGCCAUAUCCCACCUACUAGGGGACAGUUCUCAACUUUUUAAUUAUUUGAUUUGGGAAUUCUAACAUUCUUGACACUCCUUCACACUUUGGAGAGAGCCUAUUUUUUUAUAUCAACAGAGAACUGGGGCGGGCUAAUAGGGGUUUCGGUUGUGGAAUUGCUUAGCUUAGACAUCAAGUAUUGGUU